AUGGCAGCCACGCAGAACUCUCUUCGAGAUCGUCAAAUCAGAUCGAUAGAGCGCAUGUUGAAUUUGAACCGCGAGUCUGAAGAACCUGCACCCGAGCACCACGACCAUACCGCAAGCAAUGGCCUUGCGAUACCCUCUGCACCGAUCCUGAAUUCAGACGGCGAUCCUAUAUGGAAGGUGCUGGUAUUUGAUGACCUGGGACGGGAUGUUAUCAGCAGCGUUCUAAGAGUGAACGAUCUGCGGACAUGGGGAGUUACAAUGCAUAUGCAUAUAGCAUCCUCGCGCCACCCAAUCCCAGAUGUACCAGUUCUGUAUCUCGUUGAACCGACUGCUUCGAAUCUGAAAGCAAUCACAUCAGACCUCUCAAAAGGACUGUACUCUCCGGCAUACCUCAACUUCCUCUCCUCAAUACCUCGGCCGCUGCUGGAAGACUUCGCAAGACAAACAGCUGAAGCCGGCACCUCAGAGAGUAUUGCACAAUUCUUCGACCAAUACCUGAACUUCAUUGUGGGAGAACCGGAUUUAUUCAGCUUGGGAAUGCGAAAGGAGAACACAUAUUGGGCUCUGAACAGCGCGCGGACGAAGGAUGAGGAAUUAGACUAUGUCAUUGACAGGAUCGUCAGUGGACUUUUUAGUGUGAUGGUUACAAUGGGUGUCAUGCCCAUCAUCCGAUGCCCGAAAGGUGCAGCUGCAGAGAUGAUAUCAGCGAAGCUUGACCGGAAGCUGAGAGACCAUAUAUUAAACUCGAAAGAUAAUUUGUUCUCUGCUCCAAGCAAUCGGCCGUCGACGGCCACUGGCAACCCCUCUUCAAGACCGGUUCUCAUCAUUUUGGACCGAAAUGUGGAUCUCAUACCCAUGCUCUCACAUUCUUGGACAUACCAAUCUCUUGUGCACGAUAUCCUGAACAUGAAGUUGAAUCGCAUCACGGUUGAAACCCCGGUAGACGAGAAUAAUCCUGCGAAAGGGACCACGAAGAAAGCGUACGAUCUAACUUCGAACGACUUUUUCUGGAGCAAAAACGCCAGCGUGCCUUUUCCACAAGUUGCAGAAGAUAUAGACGCCGAGUUGAGUCGGUAUAAGGACGAUGCGAAUGAAAUUACCAAGAAGACUGGAGCUUCUUCAAUAGAAGACUUGCAAAACGAUACGAGCGCUUCGGCCCAACAUCUCAAAGCCGCUAUCACACUUCUACCCGAGUUACGGGAGAGGAAAGCAGUUCUGGAUAUGCAUAUGAACAUUCUUGCGGGUCUAUUAACAGGCAUAAAAAACCGACAAUUGGACAAUUUCUUUCAAAUGGAAGAAAAUAUCAUGAAGCAGACCAAGGCACAGAUCUUGGAGGUAUUGACCGACGAAGCAAAGGGUAAAGAGCCAAUGGAUAAAUUAAGAUUAUUCAUAAUCUGGUUCCUAAGCACGGAACAGGAUGUCACAAGAGCAGAUAUGGAGAAGUUCGAAGAAGCCCUCAAAGCAGCUGGAGCAGACACCACCUCCCUCGCCUAUGUCAAACAGGUUCGCGCCACAACCCGCAUGACAAUGAUGACCUCCGCCCCCUCUCAAACUCCCCAACAAGCAUCCGCAUCCACCGAGCUCUUCCGCGGUUUCUCCUCCAUCUCCUCCCGCCUGACCUCCUCCCUCAAAGAAUCUGGCGUCGGCGCAAACUUCGAGAACCUCAUUUCAGGAGUCAAGAACUUCCUCCCUGCAAACCGUGACUUGACAGUCACAAAAAUCACAGAAUCAAUCAUGGAUCCCGCUGGUGCUUCUAGUUCUGCUAUUGCAAAGACGGAGAAUUACUUGUAUUUCGAUCCACGGAGUGCGAAUGCGAGGGGUACAAUGCCACCGGUUAGUGUGGCGAGGAAAGGGGGUGAGAUGCCGGGUGGUCUUGGAGGGCAUGGACCGGGGACUGGAGCGACGUUUGGGCAGAGGAGACAGGGCUUUAGCGAGGCGAUUGUGUUCACUGUUGGAGGUGGCAGUAUGGACGAAUAUGGCAACUUACAGGAAUGGGCUAAGCGGACAGGAGCAGGUGGGAGUGGCGCUGAGAAGGGUGCCGUAAGGAGGAGAGUGGUAUACGGGAGCACUGAGCUCAUUAAUGCGGAGGAGUUCCUGAAGCUCGAGUUAGAGAAGCUGGGGUCCGAGGCAGCUUCAUAG